AUGUCGUCGAUGAACAUAACAAGCGAUGAAGUAAACUUACUCAUUUACAAGUAUCUCCAAGAGUCUGGUAAGACAACACAACAAACAAACCCCCAUUCUCAUUCUCCUAUACUUGAUAUUAACAAUACAAUCAUAUUCUUUUUCUUUUUCUUCUUCUUCUUCUUCUUCUUCUUCUUUGCAACAACUAAAGGAUUUGGACACUCUGCAUUUACAUUUUACAAUGAAUGUAAUGUAGCGAAAUCAGAUAUAACACAAUACAACAAUGAAAUACCUCAUGGAAGUUUGAUAUCAGUACUUCAAAAAGGAUUACAAUAUAUAGAAGUAGAAACUCAUCUUCAAGAUGAUGGUUCUGAACUAAAUUGCAGUGAACCAUUUUCAUUGAUACAUAAACAUGUUUGCAAUAUAAAAAAGAAAUCAUCUUCAUCAUCGACAAAUGCAUCAAGUGCAACCACAGCAUCAACAACCAGUAGUAGUAGCAAAGAAACCUCUAAAAACGCAUCAAAAGAGAAAUCGAAAAAAGAAAAAGAAAUUGAUCGAGAUGUUAAAAUGAAAGAUAGAGAUAAAGAAAGCAAGAAAAAAGAUAAAGAUCAAACAAUGACAAACUCUAUGGAAAUACCUGAUAGUUUAGUAACUACACUUACAGGUCAUAAUAAUGAAGUAUUUAUUUGUUCAUGGAACCCAGUCAACUCAUUAUUGGCAUCGGGUAGUGGAGACAGUACUGCUAGAAUUUGGAAUCUACCAAAUGAAGGUUUGGUAUCAGCUUCAAAAGGUCAAAUAUCUUCUCUUGUCCUAAAUCACUUUAAUGAUAACUCUCUAGAAAAGAGUAUUGAUGUUACAACUUUGGAUUGGAAUUUUGAUGGAUCAUUAUUAGCAACAGGAUCAUAUGAUGGAUUAGCAAGAGUAUGGAAUAGUAAAGGAGAGUUAUUAUAUGUAUUAUCACAACACCAAGCACCAAUAUUUUCAUUAAAAUGGAACAAAAAUGGAGACUAUCUGCUAAGUGGCAGUGUUGACAAGCGAUCUAUAGUGUGGGAUUUCCGUACUGGUAGUAUUGUACAACAAUUUGAAUUUCAUACAGCCCCUACACUCGAUAUUGACUGGAGAAGUAAUACGCAAUUUGCUUCUUGUAGCACCGACAAAAUGAUCUAUCUUUGCGAAAUUGGCAAAACAAAACCAAUUAAAACAUUCCAAGGACAUGGUGACGAAAUUAAUGCAAUCAAGUGGGACUCUAGUGGAACUUUACUUGCUUCUUGUUCUGAUGACAAGACUGCAAAGAUAUGGAGUGUAAAGAGCGAUAGUUAUCUUCACAAUCUCGAACACAAAAAAGAGAUUUACACCAUCAAAUGGAGUCCAACCGGUCCAGGUUCUCAAAACCCAAACAAAAAUUUGGUACUUGCAAGUGCCUCUUUUGAUACAACUGUAAAAUUGUGGGAUGUUGAAACUGGAAGUUGUUUAAAUAGUCUAACCAAACAUAUGGAUCCAGUUUAUACAGUUUCAUUUAGUCCAAAUGGAGAAUAUAUAGCUAGUGGAUCAUUUGAUAAGCAUUUGUACAUAUGGUCGGUAAAGGAUGGUAGUCUAGUCAAAUCGUUUAAGGGUAGUGGUGGUAUUUUUGAAGUUUGUUGGAAUAAUACUGGUGAUAAAUUGGCUGCCAGCUUUUCAAACAGUACUGUAUCGGUCAUUGAUAUUCGACUUUAA